UCAAUCUGAUAUCUUUCCACUUUGAAUGGCACUUACAAAACCUGUCUGCGCGAUUACCAACUCUUGCGCUGUACAAGUUGUUAGUUCGGUUCGGUUCAGUAUUACAGUACCCGUCAGCAUCACCAGUCGCGUCCACCCACGCACUCGACCUUGUAAACAUCCGUUGCCGGAGAUCCGAUAGUGUUUUGUUGACUGUAUGCUGUUUGUUCAUUCAGUGUUUAGUGUUUUGUUUUGAAGAAGCCAAAGUACUACUGUAACAAUGGGGGACUCGAAGGACCUCGAUAAGUUACUAGUAGAGCUGAAAGAGUGGGUCGCCGCACAGCCUCAUGUGCCUAAAGAUAUGGAUGACAGGCUGCUCCGGCGGUUCCUACACAGCUGCUACUCUGACAUAGAAAAGGCCCAGAAGGCCAUCGAAAGCUUCACGAGCCUUCGCGCCUCGACGCCAGAGCUCUUCGUGAAACGGGACCCGAUGUCGCCGCAAAUACAGAAUGCGCUGAAAAUUGUAAACCUUGGACAAUUAAAAGCGCCAGGAAACCGCAAUCUCUUCAUCUGGCAACUUAACGAUCCUGGGCUCGAAAACUACGAUUAUCUGAUGGACGCUCGCUUGUUCUUCCUUACCACAGAUGCCUGGCUGCUAGAAGAAGAGAACCUAGAAGAACAUGACAUUGCUAUUUUAGAUGUUAAGGAUAUCACACUGAAGAUACUGACGAAGAUAAACCUGUCUCUAGCGAAGAAACUAUCUAAAUAUCAGGAGGAAGCAAUGCCGAUCCGACUAAAGCAGGUCCACGUGAUAAAUGCACCACCCUUCAUCGACAAAGUAUUCUCCAUCAUGAAGCAGUUCAUGAACAGAGAUAUGAGCGAAAUGAUUCACUUCCACGUGCCCAAGUCAGAUACCCUGUUCAAGUAUUUUAGCCGCGAUGAGCUGCCCAAAGACUUCGGUGGCAAUCUAGAGACCUUGGAGUACUACAACAACAGGCUACAUAACGUCCUCCAAAAACAUAGGGAAAUUCUAAGCAAGGACGACCUUUGGAGAGCGCCUGAGAAGAAAUCCAAGAAAUCUAAGGGCUCUAAGAAGGAAAUAAUCAACGACGUUCCAGAAAUGGAUUCAUUCCGUUCUCUUGCCAUAGAUUAAAACAAAAACAAGAAUCCGUCUAAGAAAACCCUGCACCGACUAUUUAUGACAGAACCAAGUGUGAUGGAACAUUUUUGGAAAGAUUUGAUAAUUUAUGUUGGCAUUUUCCACAUUUCAAUAGGGAAUAUUACGUAAGGCGUCACUACUGUCACUGGCACAAAAAUUAAAUUUAUCAUCACAAACUUUAUGGUUAACAGUUUGUGGGAGUGCUGCACUCUGGUGGCAGACAUUGGAAACCGUAUUAGGUUUAGUCCGUUUGGUAGCCAAAAUUUCGUACCUAACCGGCUACAAACCGGGAAUCUUGAUUCCCAUUUUGUAGCCGGUUACGUAUUGGGCCAGAGUAGUGCCGUUUGCUAACUAAGUUUUGUAACUGGCUACAAAUUGGGAAUCAAUAUUCCCGAUUUGUAGCCGGUUACGUAUUGGUCCAGCGUGGUACCGUUUGGUAACUAAGUUUUGUAACUGGCUACAGAACGGGAAUACAAAAUUCCCUAUUUGUAACUGGUUACGUAUUGGGCCCGAGUUACUGAUCGGAGUUUCUACCAAAUCGAAGCUAGGACGGUGCACAUACGGACAGACGGACAGAGCGAAACUAUAAGGGUUCCUAGUCAACCUAGUUGACUACGGACGGAACCCUAAAUAAUUACUCAAUGUCAGCAUUAUUCGAAUUAAUCAUGUAUUCAUGACGGCAAAAAAAUCCCAUUUUGUAACCAGUUACAAUACGGGAUAUUUUUCCCCGUUUGGAAACUGGUUACCAACCAUGGCUACGAAUCGGUAAUGAAAAUGAUUUAGUCUCAUUUUGUAACCAGUUACAACACGGGAUUCUUUUCCCGUUUCGAAGCUGGUUACCAAACGUGGUUACAAAUCGGUAAUGGGAAAGUCCCAAUUUGAAGCCAGUUACGAAUUGGAAUUUUUUCCCGUUUCGAAGCUGGUUACCAAUUUUUAGUUACGAAACGGUACUCGGGAAUAAUACUACCUACUGCAAAAGCUACGAGGAGUUUGCUUGGUCGGACUUAGACUCUCUGCGCAUUUUAUAACGUACAAGUUAGCAAAAUAUGACUGAUUUAGCGUCGAUUGCUCACUACCCCAAUUGUAUUUAGUAGUA